AUGAUCAUCAUCAUCGCCGAAAUUCCACUUGACCAAGUCCAAACAGUACCGCAUGGUGCAGCGAGUGAGAGCGCCUUACGAAUCGAAGAUUUCAACUAUUUAGCCAUGAAAUCGAGCAAAUCCCGGCGUCGCGUCCCAGACCAGUUGAGGAAACGCGCGGCAAUUAGCUGUGACCUCUGUAAGGUUCGGCGGCGGAAAUGUGUCCGGAGUACAGCAGAGCAGAGCUCUUGCAAGCUGUGCCUCGAGCAUAAUGUCGAGUGCACUUCUACGAUACCCCGCAAACCUCGCAUCCAUGUUCCAGGACCCGAAGACAACUCACAAACGUCACACCUCCGGGCACUAGAGGAUCUAGUCAACAAUUUAUUCCCAGAAGUCAAUACGAACAAUACAGACGAGAUUAUUCAGCUGUCCCAAGCAAUCGAACAUGGCAACAGACUAAUCUCUCACUGCCAGUCUGAUUCGCGACGAGGAGUCCUUGAAGCUGAAAAUGCCUCGAAUAUAAAUACCGAAGUCCGCAGUAAUACUGCCGAGCUGCAAAAUUCCAUCACUCACCAAGGAAGCCAGUCUACAUCGACAGUGGAACAGACACAAACCUCAUCUAUUACGAGUUUCUAUGAGCGCAUGCUGCAGAGCCCUUCCGGAACCCUUUCAUAUUUCGGAUCAUCCAGCUCAAUGGCAUAUGUCCGCAAAAUGCGGGAAUUGUUAGCAGCAGAGGCAGAUGGGAGACCUGGUGUGGGUUCAAAUGAAAGCCUUCGCCACACCUUCAUCAGAGAUCAAUAUGCUCGAACCAUGGGGGAGGAUCAAGGCGCUGUCCCGGAAUUGCCUGCAAUAGAUUACGUCCAACUUGAAAGUCAGAGACCGUCCGAGCAGGGUGCUGUUCGGCUCCUUAAGCUACUGCAAGCCCUUCCCUCAAAGAAGGAAACUGAUGACCUUGUGGAAUUAUUUUUUACCCAAGUGCACAUUAAUAUUGCACUAUUCCACCGACCGUCGUUUCAGGCUAUUUUGGAUCGAAUUCGAUCCCCCGAAACCCAAACAAUCGAUGUCGGAUGGGCUGUAUGUUUUAGGCUGGCCAUCGCGUUUGGCUGUGAGUGGCGCCUGUCCACUUUGAGCCAAAGGGACAACUCGGAGUGGGAGAGAUUGACCUCGAUGAAGAGACAACUCGUGAAUGAUUCUUUCUUGGAGAUAUCCCAUCUCAUGCUUUCUGGCACUCUUCAGGCUGUCACCGCGUUCGCCCUUUUCUCCGUCUACAUGAAUUUUGCCAACGAGAGGAACGCAUCUUGGGUUCUAAGUGGCUGCGCUGUGAGAAUGGCUAUUGGUUUAGGGCUCCAUCGAGGCAAUAAAGUGGUGCACCGUUCAGAUAUCUAUUUUCUCCCUCUCGAGAAAGAGCUACGCAAACAGAUAUGGUGUUCUCUCUACAUAUUUGAGCAGUACGCCAGUGCUUUCCUCGGGCGGCCUAGUGCCUUGGAAGAUGUGGAGAUCAUCGUCGACCUACCCAAUGAGUCUAUUUUGGAUCAAGGAUUCUAUUGGCCACCAGGAUACCUUCAGCAUGAUGUCACAUUGGCACGCAUAGUUGGCAAAAUUCGCGAGGCCCAGAUGGACCAAAGUUUGAGUCUAUCGAAUGAUUUGCAAGGUCUGCCCAAUAUAAGAACAUGCCAUCAACUGCUCCAUGACCUCGACAAUUGGAAGGAAAAUUUGCCCGCAUUUCUUGACUUUGACGAAAGAAAGUUGGAUCAUGCCUAUCCGAGCCAUAUGCGACAAAUCCUCAUGAUACAUGUGCGGUAUCAAUAUGCAAGAAUCAUGCUUACCAGGCCGUUUCUUCUCAGGGCCCUGUACAUUUCCCAUGGUCUAAAUGCUAGUAUCACGGCCAAUGCCGAGAUCUUGAAUUACAAGGACGUUUGCUUCCAAGGGGCUCUAGAUUGUUGGAAACUCAUCCACUGUCUCUGGAAGAGGGGCCGCUACAACGCUAACCUCUGGCUUGACGGGGUGUUUGCAUAUCAAUGCAAUUUGAUUCUCUCUCUAUAUCUGCUGGAUACUUCAAAAACAUCGGAUCCUUCGCAACUGCGAGAGAUCCACGAGAUGGUUAAGCAGAUCCAGGACAUAUUGCACAAAGGACCUGGCAAUAGGACGAUGAGGCGGUUGAUACAAAUAUCGCGAGACUUCUCAGAGAUCGUUUCCCCUUCUUCAACCAGCCCUGCGCUAAGAGAAAACAUAAACACAUCCAAACAACUCGUGGAGUCAGGGCCACGCCAUUCUCAGUUUCCAAGCAACCUAAAUGCUUAUCUGGAUGCCUUCUCACGCAUCCCGCAAAUGUUAGACUUAAACCCUUCUGCGUUCAACAACUGGGAGAGCACUAUGGGUUCAAAUCUGUUUCAUGGAGAUUUCAUGGGCGAAAGCUUUAUGUUUGACCCAUUGGCUGACCUUGACUUUGGGCCGCCGAUGGAAUCGGAAAAUCCUUGA